CGGCGAUGACGUAAUGGGAGCCGCCUCGGCACAAAUAGGUUUUCUUUGUACUGUUGAUCUUCAAUUUCGUCCGUCCGGCGAAAAAUGUUAGGAAACUGUUGAUAUUGCUACUCAGUUGAUAUUGCUGGCAUUAACUUCCACUUGUGACCCUUCUUUUUCUCAACAUUCACUUGAAAGUGCAAGGUCAAUUUUUGGACUUUCGAAUAAGGGACUGUCAUUGAAUGGCAUGGGUUGUGUUUACAGCAAGCAGAGAAGGCACGAAGCGAACGGAAAUUUGAAGAACAAGAAGCACAAAAAAGCUCAAAGUUUCGAUAAUGUGAAUGCCGAUGAUAGAUAUCCACGGAAUCAUGAACCAUUACCAGAUAUUCCAGUGGAAAAUGAAAUUCAACAUCCGCCGGCGGAACAGAAGCUUCUGUUUGUCGCGCUUUACGACUACGACGCGCGAACGGCCGAAGAUCUGAGCUUCAAAAAAGGUGAAAAUCUUGAAGUUAUAAACAACGAAGGAGGCGACUGGUGGCAGGCAAGAUCGCUUGUGACGAAUGCUGUCGGCUACAUUCCCAGUAACUAUGUCGCUCCUGCUUCUUCUCUUAAAAGCGAAGAGUAAGUAUUUAUAUAUACUGUAGCUUUCAAAAAUUGAGUUAGUCAACGCCGGAUAAAUUCGGUGUUAGUGUGCAUUACAUUCAUUCACUUCUUUGCUGACAUUUCGUCCUUCACCGAACUAGAAAAUACAACUUUCACUUGAACGAAGGUUUUUCAUUUUAAACUUAAAGUGAACACUUUCAGUCAUUGAAAUUCAAUCAUUCCUAAUUACCACAGCGUUCACUGAAGACUGUGCGGAUAUUUUAAACAAGCUUCUUAUUCCUGGUUAUUUUGUAGUGUAUUUUUUUGCUAGAAUACCUUAUAUUUGUUAAUUUUAAUGUUUCGACUUUUAACGGUCGUCAAAUGCUUUCAGUUCCGUUUUGAAGGUCCAUGUUAGACAAAACCUGUUUAUGGACUUGAGCAUUGUACUUGUAGAUUCCAAAUGGAAACAGUAGGGAAUUUCAACGGAAUGCUUUAAUGAAUUAAUUCUAAAACAAUUAGAAAAUUACCUCGUUCUUUGCUUUUCCAGAAGAUUUCACAAUAAAAGUGAAGUAUUAUACCUAUGAAAAUGAAAUUUACAAAACGUGUAAUUGGUUUACAACGCCUACUGUACAUGGAUUAGACAUUCAUGAAGAUAAAGCAUUUCUCGCGUGAUUCUACAUUUAUAAUUACGGAAUAUGUGACUAAGAAAAACCUUUUGCAAAUGUUAUAACCAAAGCAGCGUUCCUGCUAAUUUAUAGAUCAUAGUUUGAAUUUUAGUGGAGAAAUAUUACGUCAAAAUUGAACACGAACUAAUCUUCUACAGACGUCAAAAUUGAAUGCAAACUAAUCUCAGUUGCCACAAUUUCCGGUUCUUGAAAGUAGAAAUACAAAGAACAACAAAGGCUGAUUUUGAGUGGUUCUUAGAACUCACUGCACUUAGGAAGAAAUACGUUCUAGCUUGGAGUUUUCCUUUAUAUGUUUAUCAUAUAUCUAUUGUGUAAAUACUUCACUACUAAUAGAAGAUCACACGUGGAGUUUUGACAGAUACAUAACUUACUUAUAUUUACUUUUAUACUUCAAAUAACUUUGUAUAAACAAGAUUAAAGACCCCUCUGGAUUUAUGCAUAAAAAAGACUGCCAUUAGCUAUUGUAUCAACUAAGACCUCCAACAAAAAGUUUUGCUCCUUGGUAGCCAGCUAAGAGAGAGUAGUUUGCUUCUAAUCCUAUAUAUUUGAGAGAAAAUUGAGCUUAUUUAAAAGUCAAAACUAACUGACAAAGUUAUCGUAGUGCAACAAAGAUUUAUUCAAAUAUUGCUUUUUUAAAAAAGCUUAAAAAAGCCAAACGAUGAAUAGGUCAUGUCCUUGCCCGCUUGUGUCAGAUGAUUAAUGUACUGGCCGACACAUUCUUGUUUCAUACAAGCAUGACCGUGGAAGUUGUUAUUAUUAUUUAUGUCAAACAUUUAAGUCUCUCAGUUUCAGUUUUCUCAAGUUUCAGCUAAAAUGUGAAGCAGUAAAUGAAACUCAAUCAUCCUUAUCAGGUCAUAAAAAACCCACUUGUAAGAAAAUAAAAGCACCAGAUUUAAAGCGGACACCUUUUUAAAUAUUUAAUUUUGUUAAUUGUAAUUCAUUAUUAUAUAUUAAAUAGCCAAUGAAAAGUUUAUCCUGCAAUGGUGAAGAGGUGAUCCCCUAGGUAGGUAGUUAAUAGACACUCUAAAAGUUUGACAAAACAUUUAAGUUCAACUACAAAAGUUAAAAACCUUUCUACCCAAUCAAUGUUUACUAUAAUAUUAUAAACAAUGAAUAAUCAAUAACCAUUGAAUACAUGGAUAGACUAUCAAAAUGACUGAACACACCAACAGCUUUAAUUGAAAAACAGAUGGCGUGUACUGCCAAUAAGGAAAGUUGGUUCUAUAAUAGGAUAUUUUUGGGCAAAAAAGAUAUGUGUUAACCAAGACUAGAAAAAGCGUUGAUUUGAAGUCAUGGGAUUGCCUUGUGUCCAUGAGGCCCAGCACCAUUUCUGGUGGAAAAAAUACAUUCGUGAGUGAAGAAUUAAUUCAAAAGAAAAAGAAUGACUGUCAAAUUAUUGAUAAGAUAGGGUUUUUCUUGUGGUUGCCAGUUUAGUUUCAAAAACACAGUGGUAAUACUAGUAGGUGUAUUGUGAGACGGGCAUUAAAAAAAAAAAAAAAAAAUGUAGCUCUUUGUUGGAUAAGCUCAAUAGCAGAAAUAUCCUUUGAGGUAUUAUGGUGAGCAGGUAGCACUGCCUGCAUGCAAUUAUUGCCUUCAAUAUGAGCUCUGCUUUAUGCAUGUAAUAAAAAUACCGUAUGAAAUAGUAAGUUACUUAAUAUUUCAUACGGUAUUUCUAAAUCUCUCUAAUAACUGUUAUUAGAGAGAUUUAGAGUAAUGUUUAUGGCAAACAGAAAACAUGGAUUUGUACCGCGUGACCAAGCUUCCCCUGUACUUGUUGUUUACUGUUCAUCAUUACUACACAGAAACCAUUAGUUUCAUGCCCUUUUUAAACAUUUGAAUUGUUUUUGAACCGUUUUUAUCAGCUCAGUCUUAUUGGAGAAUUUUUAAACUUGAAUCUGCCAUUUGCUGAAAACAUGACUCUAAAUCUCUCUAUUAAAUCUGUUGGUGGUAUAGCUUGCACAAAAGUGUAACUUGUGAUCAUCAUUCCAAUAUUUUCACAUCAUGGUUAAAUAAUCUUCUUAGGUGUGAUGGAAAUUUAUGUUAGAGUACAUUAACUAUAGAAAUAAUCAAGAAAGAUAAAGUGCUAUAAAUUAUGAUUAUGAUUAGUUAACUGGGGUUUAUAUAAUAAAUUAUUCUGUUAUCCAGUUUUUUGGUUUAUAAGGUGUUUAAGUGUCUUAAUAAAUAAUGAUGAUAAUGAAAUAAUAAUAAUAGUAGUAGUAGUAAUAAUAAUUGUAUUGAAAACAUAGGGGUGAAUCUCAAUGCAAGAUACAAUGAAAACAGUAAUGCGUGACAUAACAACGCUCAACUUGAAAUCUCCACAGUCAUGACUUCACAAAGCCUUCUUAUCCACAAAUACCAAAGGUCAUUGAUAUGCAAUAGAAAAUAAUGAAAAAGCUUAGUUUACCACUGGAGUUAAAAGCUUAUUCAAGCUUUCAGAUGAAAAGCGUUAUAACAUCUUUGGAAACGUAUAAAAAUAUAAAAACCAUGCACUGUAGUGAAACCUGAAUACACUUCAUUUACAUGGAUUUCUAGACUUUGCUAACACUAGUAUCUUACUGAAAACUCAUCCCGUACUAAGCUGAGAUUAGGCUCUACUUCCAUCUUGCUUUCCGGCCACAAGGCAAAUCGAGGAGUUGUAACAUUUAGUACAGUACUUGUGUACCUGAAUUACAUGUGCUUGCAAAUCGAACAAUGAUUGUUGCAUUACUUGCAUGUGCAUUCACAUGAUUACCGUGAUGUCAGACGGACCUUAAGCUUAACACCAGGGUCUUUGCGGUCACAUUCCGUGCAUAUUAGUCGGUACAACAUGGGCAUCCCAAGAAGGUGGACAAAAUUGUGGAAAAACCUCACUAUACAGUUUAUGAAGUACUGCUGACCAAGAAUAGUUAGCCUGUGUACAGACGUCCCCACUCCCUCAGGAAAAAUCGGGAGAGGAGAUGUCUGUGAAUCGCCGUCGUUAAUCGUGUUCCGGUAUAAAUUUACAUAAAUUAUUUUUUUGUUCUUUCGCUGACAGUUGAAAAGGCACAGGUAGGUCGAAAAAUAGCUCUGGCGUCUGUGCACAGGCUAGACGAACAUCUUCUCGUUGAAGAUGAUUACAGUCAAGUCAGGUCAAGCGUACCUCCCAAGAUCCAUUAAUGUAUUUAUUAUUCGAAAUUAAGUUGAACCGUUGGUGGUUGUAGAUUUCAGAUUCAUCUCUGUGUGCAUUUUUGCAUGCUUAAUGAGCCGUGAAUCCACACGCGAUUUAGUUAGAAAAUAUCUACCAGCUCAGUUUCCCUGAAUUCAAAGAUUUUCAAUCUGACCAAAUGCAGAGAAGUUCUCUUAAAAUAUUCACUGCUCAUUACGCAUACAGGAAUGCCGAUUUAAAUUUGACACCAGUUACGGCAACGACUAACGGAUUCACUUUUUCAAAUAAUCAAUUCAUUAAUAGAAUCUUUUUGGGGUAAGCUUGACUCGCGGCCUUGGCUGUUAACGUUGGAUUUUGUAUGCCUUCUCUUUUAUUUACAAUACCGAACGGUACAGACAGAUGCAUCCACAACCGGUGCAGCAGACAUCGGUGGUCUUACCUUCUCAUGUCUUUUCGAUAGAGCCGAAAUACAAAUACCGGUAAACAAAUAUGAAUGUCCACAAAGGCUGAGCUUUUCCCCGGGGAAUCUAUUCUGAGGUUCAUUCACCAAUCACAACACCGGAAAUUAUUUGCGUCAUGGCAUUAACAUUACAACCAAUCAGGGGCUGUCCCCAACAUUCCGGGGAAACGGGAACAAGAUUAUCGUCGGCGAUUCACAGACGUCUCCUCUCCCGAUUUUUCCUGAGGGAGGGGGGACGUCUGUACACAGGCUAAGAAUAGUCUGUGGGCUCACUUUUGUUUGCCUGCAAUAAUAGUAUGAAUUUUUCCCAUUCAAUAAAUGCUUUGCUUGAUUUCUUUUCUUAGUUUGUUAUUUGAAUUAAGUUUUGAAGUUAAGUUUUGAAUUAAUUUGUUUGUGUUUUGCGCAUUUGAUCAUAUUUACAUGUAUUUUGCACAAUAUAAAUAUUAAAUUAUUAUUAUUAAUUAUUAACUCCUUUUUAGAUGGUUCUUUGGGCCAAUCAAGAGAGUUGAUGCUGAAAAGAUGCUCAUAAUGCAAGGGAAAAGCGGUUCAUUUCUGAUCAGAGAAAGCGAAAGCAAACCGGGGGACUAUUCGCUUUCUCUGAGAGAUGGAGAAAUAGUGAAGCACUACCGCAUUCGAUCCUUAGACACUGGAGGCUUUUACAUUGCUCAUAGAGCAAGGUUUGCAACAUUGAUUGAGCUUGUUGAACAUUACCAAGCAAAUGCUGAUGGACUUGUAAUUAAACUGGACAAACCUUGUCCCACACUUGCUACUCCUGCUCCCAAAGAUCUUGCUUAUAAUACAAAAGACCAGUGGGAGAUCCCUCAUGAAUCAAUACGUCUUGUGCGCAAGCUUGGGCAAGGACAGUUUGGAGAAGUGUGGAUGGGACUGUGGAAUAAUACCACCCCUGUGGCUGUAAAAACACUGCGUUCGCAAGUUAGCAUGUCCCCCAAAGCAUUUCUCUCAGAGGCACAGAUCAUGAAAAGGCUUCGGCAUGACAACCUAGUACAGCUUUAUGCCGUCUGUACUCAGGAGGAACCAAUUUACAUUGUGACUGAAUUAAUGGAGAAUGGAAGUUUGCUGGAUUAUUUAAAAGGUCCAAGGGGAAGAGAUCUUGGCCUUCCACAGUUGAUAUACAUGUCAGGGCAAAUUGCUGCUGGUAUGGCAUAUUUAGAAAUAAAUAAUUAUAUACAUCGUGACUUGGCAGCAAGAAACAUUUUAGUGGGAAAAAACAAUGUAGUUAAAAUAUGUGACUUUGGGCUUUCAAGAAUUAUUGACGAUGGCGAAUACAAUGCCCAUGCAGGAGCAAAAUUUCCCAUAAAGUGGACUGCCCCUGAAGCUGCCUUGUACAAUAAAUUUACAAUCAAGUCGGACGUCUGGGCUUUUGGUAUUCUAUUGAGUGAACUGGUAACUUAUGGACAGGUACCGUACCCCUGUAUGGGUAAUGCUGAAGUGCUUGCUCAGGUUGAGAGAGGCUAUCGAAUGCCUCGUCAUCCAAACUGCCCACCUAGCCUGUACCAAAUAAUGAUGGAUUGUUGGAAGGCUGAACCUAUGGAAAGGCCAACAUUUGAAACUCUGCAGUGGCGAUUAGAAGACUUCUUUGUUAUGGACACCACAAACUAUGCAGAUUAUCCAGAAUCUUGA